UGUUCGAAAUUUUUACUUUAUCCAUAGGGAAAAUAUGAUACUACAAUAAUUAUGUUCUCACGUAAAUAUUACGAGACGUAAUCUUUUGAUAUGAAAUGUCUUCAGUAAGAUCCAGUAAGUGUUCUGUCAGGCCAUUAUUUUCGAUCCUCACGAAAAUAUCAAGAGUUGUGAAGGAGAACCUUCAAAGGUACUGUGCCACUACAUGUGCCAGAAAUAGUGAAAACCAAAUGUGGAUUCAAAAACAUUGUAAAGAACUUUUAGUAACCUUGAAAUUGCUAAACUUUUCUGAAAUCAACAACUUCAAAACGUGACUUUUGAACACUUUACACGACCAUCCCUCACGGUAAAUUAAAGACUAGACUUUUGACACUAUAGAUAGUUGCUUUGUCAACAAAAAUGGAAAACGGAAAUAUUCAUAUCUAGUGAUUAGUCAUCCAAAAAAUUACACAACUCUGAUUAGACGCACAUGUACUCUGAAGUUGAAAAUAUCCUGAAGGUCUUCAUCGAUUGUUAGGCCGUUCUUGGAAGACUAAUUUGACUACGGAUAACUCUGUUUACCUGGUCAAUAUAUAGGGCUCACGGCUGGUGUGACCGGUCGAGAGGGGAUGGUUACUACUCCUUGGCACUUGAUUCCACCUUUGGUAUAUCCAGGGAUCCGUGUUUGCCAAACUCUCUAUUUUGUAUUGCUGAUAGGAGCUAUGAGAUUGAUCAUUGUUCGUUAUCUUCACUUUCAUAAAUAAGGCAACUGCAAAUAAAAAUGUACCUAGUACUUUAAUUGAAUAUCAUGUAACUUUCGAAAGACGGUUUGUCACAAGUUUUACAAAUUUCUGUCAAGUAUCUUUGUUGAAAAUCAUUUUUCUCUCUUGCAGAGGGAAAACAUAAACCGUGAAUCAGCAUGAUCAACAUUUCUCUAAACACACAGACCGUGUUGGUCGGAGUCAGCAUGGGUAUCGUGGUCUAUUACGUCAUUAAACGAAUGCGAUAUCGUCUGCCACCAGGACCAUGGUGCAUACCAUUUGUUGGACAUUAUACAGUUUAUUCCUCCCUUGAAGUACAUAGGAAAGUUACUGAGCUUUCUAAGAUAUAUGGUCCAGUGGUACGUUUGUGCUUUGGUUCCACAACAAUGGUAUUCCUUAAUGAUGUUGAAGUGGUACUAGAGGCAAUGGUGAAAAAGAAGGCAGAUUUCGCUGGCCGACCUAAGAUAGCGUCAGGUGAAAUGGUUAGCGAAGGAGGCAAAGAUAUAAUUUUCAGUACGUACACACCCACAUGGAAAUUUCACAGAAGGAUAGCAGGCAAAGCAAUUAGACAUUACUUGCAAGGAGAUCUACUUGAAAACAUGAUACAAAACAGCAUGGAAGAAUUCCUGGUUAAAAUGGCACAAGAAAAAGAACCAUUCUCUGUUAAAAAUUAUGUGGAUCGGAUGGUGUUCCACCAACUAUACACCAUUUGUUUUGGAGAAAAGCGACCUAUCGAUGACCCAGAAAUUGAAGAACUCCUGAAGUUAGAUGACGAUAUAAUUGAGGAUUUUGGAGUUGGAGUACUUGAGGAUAUAUUUCCAUAUCUGAAAGACAUCUACCCCACAGCUAAAUGGAAGAGAAUGACCGACAAAAUGAAUAGAAUUAUGGACAUACUUCGAACUAAAUUCAAACAGCACGUGGAUACCAUUGAACCUGGUGUAAAUAGAGACUUCACCGACAGUUUACUGAUCGCCAGACAGGAAGCAGAAAAUGAGAGGGAUGAAGCGGCCCUGGAGAAAUUGGACGAUACGCACUUAAUUCAAACCAUAUCAGAUAUAUUUCUUGCUGGGGUAGAGACUACUAGAUUUACCAUGGACUGGUUUGUGUACUUCAUGACCAAGCAUCCGGAAAUCCAGUCUAAAUGCCAGGAGGAAAUUGACAGAGUUGUUGGCAUGGAGCGCCCAUCAAUGAAGAAUCGUGACAACCUUCAUUUCAUAGAGGCGUGUAUUUUUGAGACACUGAGGCUUGGAAAUGUUGCAGGAGUUGGUCCCCCACAUAUGACAAUUUGUGAUUCACAAGUUGGUGGAUAUGAUAUUCCUAAAGGCACCAUCGUCUUCAUAAAUUUCUGGGCUCUUCACCACGACCCAAAAUAUUGGAAGGACCCAGAAAAAUUUGAUCCUCAUCGAUACCUUGAUGACAACGAUAAAUUGAAACCAGGAAAACCAGACAGUUGGCUUCCCUUCUCAGCUGGGCGUCGAGUUUGCUUGGGAGAAAUAAUCGCCAAACCGGAAAUAUUGCUGAUGUGUGCAAACCUACUACAGCGGUUCGAGAUUAGUCUUCCAGACGGUGUCAAACCAAACCUGGAACCCAAAAUGACCGGUUUUGGGGUCGAAUACCCGUCUGAAUACAGAAUAAUUGUGAGGCAGAGAGUUGUCCGAUAAGCCAUUGUAUUAAACACUGAUUUUGAUUACAGAUUACUCCGUUUACCUGAUCAAGAUAUAGGGCUCACGGCGGGUAUUACAGGGUGCCAGGUGAUGCUGACUCCUCCUAGGUACCUGAUUCCACCCCUGGUAUAUCAAUGGGUCCGUGUUUGUCGAACUCCCUAUUUUGUAUUUUGUACUCCUUAUAGGAGUUUGAUCACUUAAGUGUCUUCAUCUUUCAUACGUUUUAAACUACGAUAACUACUCGCAUCAAAAUUCCCUUAAGAUUUAACGUAGGCUGAAUUAAAAUAGUACAAGAAAACGAAAUAGUUUUGUUUAAACUGAAUGAAAAAUAUGGUAUCAAACAUCCCUUGUGUAUGCAGAGGGUGAUUGUUUGUGUAGGCAUAAAUAUAAACUUGUAUGCAGCAUAUAAUUGUUGGUAUAGACAUAAAAACAAAUUCCCCAUGUAUGCAGCAUUUUAUUCAUUUUAGAGAUAUAAAAAAUGCCCCCAGAAGCAGCAUGUUAAUGGUUUUAUGAUAAUGAAUUGAUAAUUCAUUCCUAUCGUGUGUAAUUACAGGUGCUCUUGAUGGGUCUACAAGCGAAAUUGAAUUUUAUGCACAACCCUAACUUUUAAAGGGUAUAGCCAUUGUAUCUCUAUUGUAAACUUCCAAUGGCAAUAUUCAAAACACAUUAUAUCAGGUAUUCACAACACUCAGCUGAACACUGGAUUUCAGUUGUCAAUUCACAUUCUUCUUGUCUUUUGUUGUCUGUCGUCGGUAAUAUUUUCUCAUUUUCGAAUUUUUUUCAAAACCAUUGCAUUAGUUUCAGCGAAAUUUGCCAAAAAACAUCCUUAGAGGAAUUAAAUUUCCUAUAGCCCAGAGUGGGGCCAUACUAGAAGUUCAAAGGGUUAUAUUGGUUAUAGGUAGGGAACCUUUGAAAACCCAUAAAGACACACAUUGUCAAUUCACAAUGCAAGCAGCCUCAUAAAGUGUAAUUUACGAUUUGUUUAUAUAAAACUAUUAGGCCCAAAGUAGGGUACCACAGGGUUCAAAAGUGGAAAGCAUUUCAUAUAAAUUACAAAAUUAUUCGAAAAGAAAGGGGAUUUUUUUAUGUAUACUAUUUACAAAAUUGAAAUAAACGAUUAUAAACUAAAAACUACAAAUUACACCAGUCUAUGGUAAAAGAUUCUGUUUUUAUACAAUGUAUUUGCAAAACUUAGCAUAAGUUGUUUCUAUUUUGCAUAAGAUAUAUUUUCAAAGCUUGUACUUUGAGCACAAGCAAUGAAAGAUAAAAAUUAUAUCUUAUGAUCUUGAUAUUCACACAAAUCAUACUCGUUAACAUUGGGUGUUUGUAGAAGAUCCUCUGUCGUCCAAAAUGCUAAAACAUCUUAGCAUAAGAUGCAUAUUGAAAUUAUGCUAAUUCCUUUUAUAUAAUAGAUUUAAUUUUCCACAACAAAUUUUGAAGAUACUUGUGUUUAAAAGUUAAUCAAAAAUGCUUUGUUAACAGUUUGCCAUAAUUUAGUGCGUAUUUUACUGACAUAAUGCAUGCCAACUGUCUACAGAAAGAAAAGAAAGCGUACAUAUACUCCAACUGCUGUUUCAAAAGACGAAAGUCUUUAAAGCUAUGCUUCAGUUUUAGACACAUUUAAUAUCCCAGUCAAUGGAACGGAUAAAUGUAAGUUACCAUACCUAUACUGGAUUCCUAAACUUCAUAAAACCCUUACAAACAAAGAUACAUUGCUGGAUCCAGUAAAUGUUCUACUAAGCCCCUAUUUUUGCUUAACAGCGUGAAGGAGAAAUUUCAAACGUAUUGUGCGAUUAAAUAUGCCAGAAGUGGUGUAAAUCAAAUGUGGAUUAUGAAAAAUUCUAAAAAAGAUUUAGUAAACUUGAAAUCACAAAACCAUUCUCAAAUCAACAACAAAAUGUAUGACUUUUCAACUCUUUUUACGACCUUUCUUACGAGAUCUUAAAGACUAGACUUUUUGACACCAUAGACAGUUGCUUUUUCAACAAAAAUGGAAACCGCAAUUAUUCCUAUCUAAUGAUCAGUCAUCCAAAUACUACUUGUUAAACGCCACUCUUAUUCCACGAACAAGUACUCUGAAGUUGAAAUAAAAAAUAUGCUGGAGUUCCUUAUUGACAAUAUCUUCGUGGUCUUGUCUGUUCGAAUCCCGAUGGGUAUGAAUUGUGCUCCUUUGUGAGCUGACCUGUGUUUAUAUUUCUUUGAAGCAGAAUUUAUUCAAAAACUUCUACGUGAGAAGAAAAGACUCUUGCUGUGGCCUUCAAUUCGAUACUUAGAUUUAACGACGAUGUACAUGUAUUAUCUAUUAACAAUAAUAAUUUUUAUUCAUAUGUCAAUUCAAUAUAUCCCAGUUAACUCAAAAUAAAAUACACCAAAGAGUC